AUGAACGAAAGAACAGAGAUUGAAAAUUCUUGCAAAGAACUUUCUGAUUGUACCGUAAAUAAGAAUAACUGUGGAUUCAAGUUUUCAUUUGAUCCUUUGGCAACAACAAGACCAACAUUAGUUUCAUACCCAGUAAUGAACACCACUACAAGUUUACACUUUAACUCACAAGAUGAACUUGGAAAACUUUUUACACUCCAAGAUGCUACUACUUUAUCUACUAUAAAUGGUGAUCAAACAUCAUUAACUUCAACACAAUUGUCUACACAACCUUUCCUUAAUAAAAUAACUAGACCUAUACCACCCUCAUUGAAUACUAUUAAUAUUAAUCAACUAAUGUUGGCAAAUAGAGGCGGAGGCGAUGGCGGUAGUAGUAAUAGUAAUGUUAAUACCAAUUGCGGUAAUAAUUUUUGCAAUUCUUCAAAUCAACAGCAGGUUGACAAUCUAGAUGAACCAGUGUUAGUAUCAGGACAUUCCCGAAGAGAUAGCAAUGGUUCAUCAAUGUCUAUUCAAUUACAUGAUGUUAUUGGAUCAGGCCAUCAUCGUAGAGAUAGUAACGUGUCUAAUGCCUCAAUGCAGCUUGAUAUACCAACCCCAUCCAGUGAAAUUGAAUCUGUACAUGUUUUAAGCGAUCAGAAAAAUGAUAAGCUAUCACCAAUCCAACGUGUUGUUCGCGCUAGAAGAGCAUCUCUUUUGCCAAAAACCAAAUCUUUUCAACGCGUUAUCAAUGAACUACAAGAAGAGGCACAACCAUUGGAUACAGAAAUUAAACAAGAAUAUAAAGCCACUAAAAUACUCAAGGAUAAUUCUGAUGUUUUUUUAAAUGAUGGAAAAUUACCCGAGGAAUUCUUAUUGAACUGGAUUAAAUUCCGAGAUAUUCAACCAUCUCCACCAUCUUACACAUCAUCAAAAUUAAAUCCUGAUAUAGAUAUGCUGUCUCGACAAGAUGCACCUUCACCAACAUCUUCAGUUGGAUCAGUGUCUUUUAAUGGUCGCAUAAAGCGAAAAGCUUCAGAUGAUAGAUUUGAACCUUAUUUUAACCCUAAGCGUCGUGCAGUCUCACCAAGUUUAGUUGGCAGUCCACCAGUUGUAACAAGUGUUUUAUCACUAUCUAAUAGUAAUGGUAAUAAUGAUAAUGAUGAUGUUGGUUCAUAA